AUGAAUGAAAAGACACCGCCCACAGCAGACCAAGCGUCCAGCCAGAAGGUAGACAAGACAGCACAGGUCAACGAUGACACCAAGGCCGAGGAGAAGACCAAAGCUCCCAUCGGCAAUUACUGGCGCAUCCUCUCAUAUGGGUCAGGCGGCGAGCAUGCACUCAUCUUGGGAGCUUUCUUCGCCUCCGCCGCUUCAGGCGUUGCGAUGCCUUUGAUGAACAUUGUCUUUGGCAACCUGACCGGCACCUUCAACUCCUAUGCUACAGGCGAUAUACAGGAUACUGGCGAUUUCAACAGUACACUCAACCGUUAUUCUCUCUACAUCUUUCUGCUCUUCAUUGGCAAGUUUGUCUUGUGCUACAUCUCCAUGUUCUGUUUUCGAGUUGUCAGUCUCCGUGUUUCGGCGGCACUCCGUUUAUCGUACAUGGAAUCCCUAUUCAGGCAAACUGUUGCGAAGCUCGACGUUGUGUCUGCUGGCACAGUUUCUAACACUAUCACCUCUUCCGCCAACACCAUACAAGUCAGCAUCUCGGACAGAUUGGCCUACUUCUUCCAAUCUGUUUCUCUCAUCAUUGCAGCCUACAUCAUUGCUUUUGUCUAUUCUUGGAAAUUGACCUUGAUAUCGAGCGCGCAACUACUUUUCGUUUUAGUCGUGUACAGCAUUACGACCCCAGCAAUCCUCAAAUCUUUGCAGCGUGUGGAAAAGACCGACGCAAAGCACGCUUCGGUCGCCUCGGAGAUCUUUUCGUCAAUCCGCACCGUGUUUGCUUUAGGCGCAGAGCUCUCUCUUUCGAAAAAGUACUACAGCCUCGUCGACGAAUCAGGACGCUAUGGCGAACGCCUGUCCCCCUUUAUUGGAUUUCAACUGAUGCCAAUGUUUUUCGCCAUGUUCUCUACCUUCGCUUUAGCCUUCUGGGCUGGUCUCAAGUUCUAUUAUGAGGGGUCGAUCGCCAAUGUCAACACGGUUAUCAUUGCCUUCUUCUCGGUUUUGAUUGUCGUUUCUAUACUUGGUCAGGUCGUUCAGCCAGUGAUGAACAUCAUGAAGGCCGUGACCGCUUCUGUUCCCUUCUUUGACAUUAUAGAUUCCGAGCGCACGUCCGUCGAUGGGAAGAGGGCGCCCGAAGUUUCCGCUCACGAAGAUCUCGAGCUAAAGGGCGUGACAUUCGCAUAUCCGACGCGACCAGGUGUCCAGGUCCUUGACAACUUCAACGUUCGUUUCCAAAAGGGUAAAACGACAGCCCUUGUUGGCCCUUCGGGUUCCGGAAAGUCAACCAUUGUUGGACUCUUGGAGAGGUGGUAUUCGCUGGACGAUCCACAGACUCGCACCAUCUCAUGUGGUCAACACAACAUCGACUCUCUAGCAUUGAAGUGGUGGAGAUCUCAGAUUGGCCUCGUCCAGCAGGAGCCAUUCCUCUUCAACGACACAAUCUUGAACAACGUCGCAUUUGGCCUUCUUGGGACAGAAUGGGAGGAUUAUUCCGAAGACAAGAAGCUCGAACUCGUGAAAGAAGCUUGUAAGGAAUCAUACGCCGAUGAAUUCGUCGAAAAACUGCCACAGGGCUACUCAACCAAAGUCGGAGAAUCCGGCAUCAAACUAUCGGGCGGUCAACGUCAACGCCUGGCCAUCGCGCGAAGCAUCGUUCGCCGACCCGCCAUUCUCAUCCUGGACGAAGCUACCAGCUCCAUUGAUAUUCGCAGCGAAGCUGUUGUGCAAAAGGCAUUGGAUAGAGUCAGCAGAGAACGGACCACCAUCGUCAUUGCCCACAGGUUGGCAACCAUUCGCAAAGCAGAUCACAUCGUCGUCCUUCGGAGUGGCACCAAAGUCGAAGAGGGCACGCAUGAAGAGCUCCUGUUGAACGAAGACGGCCUGUACAGCGGCUUGGUGCGCGCACAACAGAUCCAAGAAGAAGCGACCGACGAGCCAGCCGCUUCCUCGACCAGCAGUGCGCCAGCCGACCUGAUGCGAACGCACUCCACCGCCGCACGCUCCGUCGCAGAAACCCGCCACGAAGGCGAAAGUAACUCUCCCACGUACAAGAAGCGAGGCUUCCUCCGCUCCGUCGGCUUCCUGCUCGUCGAGCAGCGCAAGAAAUGGAUCUACAUGCUCCUCAUCCUCAUUGGCGCCAUGGGCGCCGGCGGAUCCUUCGCACUCCAGAGCUGGUUCUUCGCCAAAUUGAUCGAAGUCUUCACCUUCGUGGGGCAGCGCCUCCUGAACGCGCGCGACCACUGGAGCCUGAUGUUCUUCAUCCUCGCGCUCGCCAAUGCCGCCUUCUACGGCGCCAUCGGCUAUGCGGGCGGCAUGCUCUCGGCCUCCACGAGCGCCAUGGCCCGCAGAGACUACUUCGCUAACACGAUUCGCCAACCCGUCCCGUACUUCGACGGCGAGGACAACUCUUCGGGCGAUAUCAUGUCGCGCCUCAGCAGCGACCCCAAGCAGAUCGGCGAACUCAUGGGCUUGAACGGCGCGUUUCCCCUCAUCUCAAUUUUCAACUUGUUGUCCUGCAUGAUCAUCUCCUUCUACUUCGGCUGGAAGCUGACGAUCGUCAUCGUCUUCGCCGCCGUGCCGCUCCUACUGGUCUGCCAGUUCAUCAAGUUCAACAACGAGUUCAAGUUCGAGGAGAUGAACGCCAACGUCUUCUCCAGCAGCUCCGCAUUCGCCACCGAGUCCAUUGCCGCUUUCCGCACCGUCUCCUCGCUGACUAUGGAAGAUACCAUUAUCGCCAAGUAUUCCAAGCUGCUCUCGGAUCAGGUCGCUGCAUCCACAAAGCGAGCAUCGUACGCCAUGCUGGUCAACGCUUUCUGUGACAGUGUUGAACUCGCCGCCAUGGCGCUUACUUUCUGGUAUGGCGGACGCCUGCUGGGGUCUCGCGAAUACGAGCCCACGCAAUUCUUCGUUAUCUAUGUUGCCAUCAUCCAAGGCUCGAUCGCCGCAGGACAAUUCUUCUCCGCCGCACCCAGCAUCGUGACCGCGACAGCCAGCGCGAACCGCAUCCUACGUCUCCGCACUCUGGGCCUCAACAACUCCUCCACACAACAAGACCUCCCACCUUCAACCUCGAACCUAGGCUCCUCGAUCGAGCUCGACCGUGUCUCCUUCCAGUACCCGACCCGCGACGUACCCACCUUCCAGAACCUCUCCCUCUCCAUCCCCGCCGGCUCCUUCGCCGCCUUCGUCGGCCCUUCCGGCUGCGGCAAGACCAGCGUCAUCUCCCUCCUUGAACGCUUCUACGAACCCCUGAGCGGAACCGUCAAGCUCGACGGCGCCGAUGUCCGCGAUAGCUCAUUACCCACGUACCGCCGCUCCUUGUCCCUCGUAGCCCAGGAGCCCAAGCUCUUCAGCGGCACGAUCCGCGAGAACCUCGUGCUCGGCAUCGAAGACCAGGAUAUUCCCGAUGACCGCGUCCACCAAGCCUGCCGCGACGCCGAGAUCCACGACUUCAUCAUCUCGCUGCCGGACGGCUACGGCACCGAGCUAGGCAUCAACACCGCCACCGCGCUGUCGGGUGGCCAGAAGCAGCGCCUCUGUCUGGCGCGCGCCCUGCUGCGCCGCCCGAAGCUGCUGCUGCUCGACGAGGCAACGUCGAGUCUAGAUUCGCAAAGCGAGAGGCUGGUGCAGCAGGCCAUCGAGCGCCUGGCGGGCCAGCGCAGCAUGACGGUCGUGGCGGUCGCGCACCGUCUGGCCACCAUCCAGAAGGCGGAUGUCAUCUUCGUCUUUGGCGAGAGCGAGGUCGGCGUCGGUGCCAAAAUCCUCGAGAGAGGCAGUCACAGUGAAUUGCUGCGGAAGCGGGGCGCAUACUGGCAGAUGUGCCAGGCUCAGGCUCUUGACCGAUAA